AUGUAUCGACAGAUUAUUGUCCACCAAGAUGCUCAGGAUCUCCAACUUAUUCUGUGGCGAGAAAGUCAAAAUGAGCCCGUCCAAGUAUUUCGACUCAGUACUCUCACAUAUGGUCUAACUUGUGCCCCAUUUCUAGCUCUUCGCACCGUUCAGCAGCUUGGUCUUGAUGAAGGGGAUCGAUUUCCCUUGGCUGCUGAAGUGAUAAAAAAUGGCAUCUAUGUUGAUGAUGUCUUAUCAGGAGCGGAUAAUUUGGAAGAUGCUAUUGAAUUACAAAACUAUCUACGUGGUCUCUUCAUGGCGGGCGGCUUGCCGCUCAAAAAGUGGAAUUCAAACAGUCAUGAGCUAAUGCAGCGCAUUUCGGAGCGUCUGCACGCGUUAUCUACAGAUAUAUUAUGGCAGUCAGAAACAUCGGUUUCGAUGCUUGGGUUAACUUGGAAACCCAGUACCGAUUGUCUUAUUUUCCAGGUGGAUCUUAGGCCUAUUAAAGAUGUCAUCACAAAGCGCCUUAUCGUCAGCCAGUCAGCCCAAUUAUUUGAUCCUCUAGGAUGGUUGGCACCGGUUAUCAUCGUCGCAAAGAUCUUUAUCCAGGAACUUUGGAAGCUUAAUUUAUCCUGGGAUAAUCCUUUACCUGAAGGAGCUCGUCAUCGCUGGAUAAAAUAUUAUGAAGAUCUUCCUCGUCUUUCCGCAGUCAGGAUACCUCGCUGGAUAGGAUUUCGUUCGCGAAUGUGCUCGUUCGAACUUCAUGGCUUUGCUGAUGCUUCUGAAAAGGCGUACGGUGCUGUCGUUUAUUUAAAGACAAUUUCGCCUAACGGUAAUUGUUUUAUUGGACUCAUUUCUUCUAAGACAAAGGUCGCUCCUGUUCAAACUGUUCCGCUUCCUCGUCUUGAGCUAUGUUCCUCAGUUUUGUUAGCUCGUCUCGUCGCUCACCUUCAAACUCAACUGCGUUUUGAUGCUGCUCUACAUUUGUGGUCUGAUUCUAUGAACACACUUCAUUCGAUUUCAGCUGUUCCUACAAGAUGGAUGACAUACGUCGCGAAUCGGGUUUCGGAAAUUCAAACGAUCGUUCCUUCAGCAAUUUGGCAUCAUGUUCCGGGUGCAGAUAAUCCAGCUGACUGUGCUUUUCGCGGGUUGUCAGCUUGCGAACUUUCGCAGUUUUCACUCUGGUGGAAUGGUCCUCCGUGGCUUAAAAGACAAGAAGAGUGGCCUUCAUCUCUGCUUGGCCCUCCAGAAAAUACAGUGGCCAAAGAAGAACGUAGAGUUACUGUCAACGUAGCAGUUCGUGUUAAUGAACUGUGUGAUCUUCUGAUUUGUUAUUCAUCUUUAGACAAAUUACGACGAGUCACUGCUUGGUGUCUUCGUUUUCGAGACGCUUUGAAGUGUCGUUCUAUUAUCGUUUCUCGGAUUUUAGUUGCAUUAGAUCUUUGA